AUUCUUAGAUCUCCAGCAAGAGGUACUUCUUUGUUAUAUUUUUUUAAGGCGGAGUACCUUUUCAUUAAAGAUGUGGUACGUUUGAAAAAAAGCCUUUAUUCGGUCUCGGCCUGAAUUUGGACCCUAUAUAAAAGGACCACGUGAAACGACUCCGUUUCACUAAAUAGAUCCCGAUCGACGACUUAGAAAGGGAGGGCGAAAACCUAGUCACGUUCUGAUCCACUCGCCGGAAACGGAGCACCACCGGCUCCGGUUACAAAGUGACUCCCCAGUGGCACAGUCUGGCUACAGUGACGGUCGGCACCGCCAUUCCACCAAAAUCUACCGGCCAUAUUUCCUAAUCUUUAAUAUAAAAGACAAUCCUCCCCUUUAGGGCAUUUCUCCCUCAGAAACAAGAAAACAUCAGGAAAACCUGUCUGGCUACCUCUGCAAUGGAGUUUUCUGAAGACUGGAAAUCCCUAUGGCCAGUAUCCUUCUCCUUCUGCCCCCCGCUCCUUGUCCCAAACAAAGCAUCAUCCUCUUCCAAGCGCAGGUGUCUCGAGAAAAGCCCUUCCAUCCCUUCAAUUGGACCUCUAAUCUUCAAUCCGUGCCGGGAAACCCUAAUUGGCCUUCUGAACUCCCCUUCCCUUUCCCCUCGCCUCCCUCCUCCAUAUCCUGACUUCACCCUUCACAGAUUUCUCUUCACUUCAACUACCAUCAAUCAUUCUACUGCCUCUAGCAUUGCUUCAGAUAUGGGACCCCCGCUGGAUCCUGGCCAUGCCCACAACUACAAUGCUCUUCAACUGCUUCCUUGCCCGAGCCAAAAAGAUGGUGAUGGUGAUGCUGAUGCUAGGGUUCUUGCUUUUUUCCCCACCGGAGAUAAUUAUGACCAGAUAGGGUUUGCUAUGCUCACUUUGAAUGAUUCUGGAUCUACGAGUGUCAGGGAGUUCAAGGAUGGGAGAGAUUUCUGUGUGCAUAGUCAUAGACUGUAUCAUCGAAUCUCGAGAUUAUUGGUGAACCCCGUUGCUGAUUUUGAUGUAUUUAGCACCUCUUCACACAGUGGAAAUUGUUUUGGGUAUAUCAUGGCUUGCACAAUGUAUUCUGUGCAUUGGUUUAGUGUGAAGAUGCCGGAAGGGGGCAUUGAAAGUACACUCUUAGAUUAUUUGGGCCAUGUCGGUGUUAAGUUGUUUCAGGGUUCUGCUGUUGUUCAUGCCUGUUGGAGUCCACAUUUGAGUGAAGAGUGUGUAGUUCUGCUCGAAAGCGGGAAACUCUUCCUGUUUGAUAUGAGUUGUUGGCUGAAAAGUGGUGGGAAUGCAUUAAACAGACAAGGAAAAAAGCUGUGUGUUCCCUGGGGUGAUUUGAGUCAGAAUGGGAGGUGGGUGGGUUGUGAGUUCAGUUGGCACCCUAGAAUAUUGGUUGUUGCUCAUUCUAGUACAAUUUUCCUGGUUGAUUUGAGGUUUGACGAGCAUAAAGUUUGCACUCUACUAAAGGUUGGGUUCUUAUCUAUGGGGACAUGUGAUAGAUUUGUUGCCCUGUCUAGGCCAGAUUCUAGUGGCUUUUGUUUUGCUGCGGCUUCCAACAGCUUGCUGAUACUUUGCGAUGUAAGAAAGCCGUCCAUGCCAGUGCUACAAUGGGCCCACACUAUCCAAAACCCCGAAUACAUCACUAUCUUUAAAUUAUCUAAGUUAAGACCAAUUAUCAAUGACGAUGAUUUCAACUGGGCAUCUGACUCUGGCCACUGCAUUUUAUUGGGUUCGUUUUGGAAUUGUGGAUUUAGUAUUUUUUUUUAUGGGCCACCAGAUGGUAGGAGAGGACCAUCGGUUUUUUCAACAGCCUGCAACGCCUUCUAUUCAUGGGGCCUCCCCUCAGAACUUUCUUUGUCUGGCCGUGAUUGUUUUUGUGGAAGUUGUCUAAUGAGAGGAGAUCUCCUCAAAGAUCUUCUCCCUGAUUGGAUUGAUUGGAAACAGAAAAAAGACAUUGUUUUGGGGUUUGGGAUUCUUGAUAAUGAUCAUAAUGUUAACUGCAACAAGUCUCUUGGGUUCUCUCUUAUUAGGUUAAUGUCCUCUGGCAAACUAGAAGCUCAAAGAUACAUUGCAGAUUGGGUAUUUAAUAAUAAUGCGUGCAAAGAAGCCCACAAAGUGUCAAAAUCUGGUUGCACUGAGGACAAUUUUUUGUAUGAUGACGCAGGCAAUAGUGGUGAGCUUGAGUUGCGUAAGCAUGGUUAUCUGAAAAUGGACUUUCUUAAAGAGUAUCUGUAUGGUAAUCUUACUAUGCUUGUUGACAGGAGGCAAAUAAAUCUUCAGAAAUAUGCCGAGCAAAAUCAGUCAAAGUUCCAUCAUGAAAUAUGUGAGAACAUGAAGGCACGUGGCAUCACUGCACUGAGAUCACUGCAAGGUAUUCCAGCAAUGAUAAAAACUGCCACCUUUCCUACUAGCUUUAAUGAGAUCACUAUGAAAAGCAUUUGGGCCAGUUUGCCUAUGAAUCUCCUUGCCUUGACUGCUUCCUCAGCUUCUUCUGACGGGGUUGAUAUUUUUUCAGAUAGAAAUCUAUAUCCUUUUCCUUUUCAGAAAACCUCAUCAUCAUCGGAAGAAGUGCAGUCUUCUUCUGAUGCUUUUGUAAGUCCAGUCCUUCCUACUCAUUUUCUGAUUGUUCUUCGUAACCAGGGAAUGGAAGAAAGUGAUAUUUUACCAGUUGAUGAUGAAUUUCAACGUGAAUGUGGUAAAGUAAUGGAAGAAGCAUGUGCAAUGCAAUCUGCUGAACCUCUGAACGGAAACAUUGCUUCACUAGCUGAUGAUACAGAUGAUAUUUUGAAUGCAGUUGAAAACCUGAAUAUUUUGGGUAUACACAGACCUACUUUUUCUUUAGGCGAUGCGACACUAGAGAAAUCUGAUGAACAGAAAAUGUAUGAGACCUUUGUUUACCGGAAACACGGGGAAGAGGAGCUGAUAGGAGGAGCAACACUAUUUGAUGAGGGAUGCCCCAUGGAGUUGAAUUUUGGUAGUAGUAAUUUUGACUUGACACCGAAGGAGCUGGAUUUGUUUCAGCAGUUGAAGAGGCAAGGCAUGCAUUUCCAAAAACAAUUCCAACCAUAUCAAGAAUAUCUGAACACCGAGUUGACUAGCUAAUCUUUUUGCCGUUUCAAGAGCUGUCCUUGAAUCCCUCCAGAAUAGGAAUACAUGGAGAAGUCUCAAGUAAUAUAAGUGUUUCUUUGUGUUUCCCGUGCUCUUCUCCAUAUGUCAACGCUAGCAUCUUAAAUUAUAUGUUACUGUCUUCCUAGAAGAACCUAAGAUGAUGCGUGAACAACAGAGGAAGGAAAGGCAUGAAGUGGAAAGAGAAGAAAAGGGAGCACAUACAAAGGAGACAACACAAUCACAAGGCCAUAUCUAGCCUAAAUGUGUUCAGAAAGCUACCAGCUAGGAUGUCACUAUUUCUUAUGUUCAAAAAUGCAUUUAGGAGGCCUUCAUUCAAGGAAUAAAUAUUUUUUGGGGACGUAAGAGCAGUUCUAUUGGAAGUCCUUCAGAAUGGCAAUUGAAGAUAUUUCAUCUGGAUUCUGGAGGGGAUAUAACCUCCAAUUCAUCAAAUUAUUGCCAGUGCAUCAAGAAGUACACUUAACUGCCCACAAGCGUUCAUGCAGGAAAACCGGUCGAUGCACUAAAAUGGUUGCAGAGGAUUGACAAAUGUGCUGACUGUGGUGCACCUGAUAAAUAUGCAUUGAACGUUCUGGUUCACCGGAACCUUGGUGUACGUAUGUCAAAGGUAAGAUCCUUGACACUUGAUGUUGAAGUGUGGGAGCCUUCCGCCAUCGCUUUGUUUCGUGCACUGGGUAAUGCUUUUCCAAACUCUGCAUGGGAGGAGGUGUUGCAAGCAAGCAAAAACAUUCGGGCGGAUGAGAUGCCAAAGAGGUUCCGAAAUCAAAGUUGUUAUUGCAAUGUAGUCCCUCCUUGUCAGAUUGUUUCAAACUAGUCCCCCCUCAAUCAUGUUCCGGAUGGGCUAAUCAAGGCUCCAUUUUGGGAGAGCGGCGCAGGUUAGUUUGGUGGGGGUGGUAGUGGCUGAGUUAAACAGUUAUUCCCCGAGAGGUUUUGCUAUUUUUGUACAAUGAGUUUAGGUUUUGACGGGUUUAGUAUGUUUCCCGAGGUAAAUAAUGUAAAUAAUGAUAAUGGAAUGUCGCACGUUGACAUGGAAGAUUUUAAUCAAUCAAAAAUAAUCCAAUCG